CUUUACCUGCCCUGCUCACAAACGGAGCGGCAGGCUGUAGAGAAAUGCGGAAGUGUCGCGCGGAUUCCGAGUUAUUGAUUAUCAGAAACGAGAGAUUGGAUGAUUGAUGGAUGGAUUUAAAGAGGACGACACUCCGAGACAUGUUCUCUCACUCCAACAGCGGAAACAGACGCAACAUGUUCUUCAAGAGCGCUCAGGACAACAUUGAGCUGUGGGACAGACAGAAGGACGAUUACAGCUCUGAACCUUUGCUUCCUUCUACGCCCACUCACAGGACGUUCGACUACGUCCUGGUGGCUCACAAAGUGGAAGAUGACUCAGACCAGAGAGCUCAGAGACAGAGAGCCUUCAUCCAGCAGCUUCAGAAGAAGAACAUGACUGUCACUGAAAUCGCUCACGAUGACAAAGUCUUUUUUGGGAUCCGUGCUCCUCUUGAGACAUUUCAGGACUACCAGUACCUGCUCAAGGUUUCUGACUCCUGUAACUGGUGUGGAGACGUGAAGGGGGCCGUCAACCAGGCAACCAGAAUUCGAAUCGUGAAUUUUAUUCUUCAUCACACCUUCAUCAACACAGGAGAGAACUUUGAGGAACUGUUGAAAAAGGACGUAUUUGAAACCAUGUUCUGUCUCCAUGAGAGGAAGAAGCAGAAACACCUGCAGGAGAAAUGGGCUCGAUGGUCCGGUCUGUUUGUGGGACAGCCAGUCAGUGAAGUCAAGUCUUACUUUGGAGAGAAGGUGGCGCUGUACUACCUGUGGCUGGGCUGGUACACCAAGCUGCUGGUUCCUGCUGCUGCUCUGGGAGUGGUAGUGUUUCUAUACGGUCUCGCCUUCUUCAACACAAACCCUCUCAUUAAGGAGGUGUGUAAUUCCAGUGUCAUCAUGUGUCCUCGGUGUGAUAAGAGGUGUACAGUGUGGCAGCUGUCAGACACCUGUACCUAUGCUAAGGUCAGCCAUCUUUUUGAUAACGAGGGGACAGUCGCCUUUGCCAUGUUCAUGGCCAUCUGGGCCACUCUGUUCCUGGAGCUGUGGAAGAGACACCGGGCUGGUCAUGUGUGUCAGUGGAAGGUCUAUGACUGGUGUGAGGAGGAGGAGGAGCUGAUUCUGGACAUUGUCAAUGAUCCAAACUGUAAACCUAAACAGUUUAGACACUCUUACCUGCGCAGCACCUUGGUCCUCAUAAUGGUCACACUAAUAGUAAGACACACACACACACACACACGCACUGUUAAUCAGCAUCAGAAUCUGG